GGUGGUUGAACACGUGCAAAGAGUGGGGAUCAUUACUCAUGUACUUGUGGUUACUACUGUAGCACUAACGGGAUCCGGCUAAGCGCAGUCACCAUGCCAGCUGAACAGUUCUUUCUUGUAGUCUCCCUUGCCUUCUCGACUGUCUUCCCGUCUUGUCUGGUCUCUGUCUGACUGACUUGCAAGUUGCAGUACGCACACACACAGACAUACACACCAAUCAACCACCUAUCAAAAUAAUUAGCUGAUCGGUUUCAGCUCCGAUCUUCCCCUCCCUCCCUCAAAAUCUGCAAUACUUGCCAACGCAGUAAGGGGGAGGGGAGAGGGGGUUGACCAACAAAUCACAGUAGCAAAGAAGAGCGAGGAUGGGGGAGGUUUUAGGCGGGUUUUACCCCCUCCAUGCAUGCAUGCAUGCAUGCGUUGCCAACACAUCAAGAAAUGGAUCUCUCUCUCUUUCUCUCUCUCUCUCUCUCCUGCCCCCUCAUCAUCCCCCCUCCCCUCCCCACCUAUCUAGCCUUAGGUAUGCUGUUCAUGCUUGGAUCCUUGACUUCUCGUGUGUUCGUUCGCUCGGGACUUGGCCCUAGUGAGCGGAGGACAGGGAGAAAUCUUGGUCUUGAGGGGGGCAAAAAGAGAGCAGUAGGCUGGAAUGAAUCGUUUCUGGUUCAAUCAUUGUUGUAUCAAACCUGUAUCAAACCACCCUCGAGGACUAGCGGACUAGCGAGGGGGGUAUGGAUCAGACGGACAAAUUACCUGCAAGACCGACCACAUCCAACCCUUUACUUAGGGAGGGUGAGAUGACGCUGAUAUAUGUGUGUAGUUAUUCUACGGAGUGGCUGAUAAGACUGCUGCGAAGGAAGCAGAGUACUGUACGCGGAGUAGAGAAUAG